AUGCGGACAGCUGCAGUAGUAGGGGCGAUCCUGCUUGCCCCUGCAGCCUUCGCUGCACCCCAGACUCUUACCACAAGCGAAGAGUACCUAGACUACUCAGUGCUCGAUACAGCUCCAGCAAGCUCAAAUGUGCUGCAAGCGGACGUCUUGGCCUCUGCAGCAGCUAUUAACCAGCAAAUUUACCAGUCGAUCAACAACCCUACGCAAUGGAGGAAAUGCAACCGCAAUAACGCCAUAUACCGCCGCGAGUGGGCCGCUUUCUCCACUUCCGAGAAGAAGGACUAUAUCACGGCAGUGCAAUGCAUGUCGAAGCUGCCUUCAAAGACGCCUAAAGAGAAGUGUCCAGGAUGCCAGAAUCGCUACGACGACUUUGUCGCAACCCACAUCAAUCAAACUUUCUCGAUCCACAAUACAGGGAACUUCUUAGCUUGGCACCGCUACUUCACCUGGGCGUACGAGCAGACGCUUCGCAAAGAGUGCAACUACAAGGGCUACCAGCCUUACUACAACUGGCCUCGCUGGGCGAGGAACCCUGCAGGAUCUCCAGCCCUUGAUGGAUCUGCCACUUCCAUGGGUGGAAACGGUCUCGGAGGAGAUCGUUGCACGAACCAGACCUUCUAUGGGAUACCCACACAAGCCCAGCCGCUAAUUGAAAUCCCCCACGGAACCGGUGGAGGUUGUGUCGACUCAGGCCCGUUCAAGGACUGGAAGGUUAAUCUAGGACCUGUCUUCACGGAUGUGACUUGCACGCCUGCCAAUCCUGAGACAAACUUCACCAACGGUCUAAUCGGCCUCGGCAAGAACACUCGCUGCCUAAGGCGCGAUAUCUCAUCGUGGACUUCGAGCCAGUGGACCAACGAUCAACAGGUGACCAAACUGCUGAAGAGCAAGGAUAUGAAGACCUUCUGGUACGACAUGCAGGGCGGAGAGAAUCCUUUCUCCAAUAACUUCAUGGGUGUGCACACCGCAGGCCACUUCACGACAGGUGGUGAUCCAGGCUCGGAUUUUGUGGCAUCGCCUGGUGAUCCUUGGUUCUUCUUCCACCAUGGCCAAAUCGACCGUGUAUGGUGGACAUGGCAGAACCUCGACCCUAAGAACCGUAUUAACGCGAUAUACGGUACAGUCUUCCUUGCGGAUCCCACCGCGGCCAACGCUACACUUAAUGAUAGCAUGAACCUGGGCUACGCGUACCCCGGCACUGUCACUAUUAAAGAUGCAAUGAGCACCCUUGCGGGCCCUUUCUGUUACGCGUACAUAUAG